ACACACAGUCAUAUGACUUGUAUUUCCUGGCACAGCCUGAUCGACUGGACGUCUUCUCACUUUUCUCUGCUUUUGUUUUUUCUCUUCAGUGGCUGAACAUCCCAAACCCUCAGCGAUCAUGUCUCGAUACGCUGCAUUUGUUUUCUUCUUGUCUUUCGGAGUUGUGUCCCAUCUGUCUCAUGGCAUUGAGGUUAAAGUCAUGAAUAAGGACAAGUUGUGUCUUUAUGCCAAUCUGACCCUCAGCUUCUCGGUCACCUAUGAAGUUGCUGACAACAAGAACAAAAUGGUUUCAUUUGAUCUUCCCGCCUCUGCAUCAUCAAACGACAGCAAAUGCGACAACACGAGCUCGAUUCUGAAGCUCAGCUUUCCAGACGGACACUCCUGGAGCGUGAACUUCUCCCUCAAAGACAAAAGCUACCAGGCAGAAAACAUAACCUUCGUUUACAACCUCAACGACUCAAAGGUCUUCCCCGGUUCUUCAUCCAAUGAAACUGUUACCGUGACGACAAAGCCUGACAUUACAGACGUUGGCGUGAACACGUGCUACUCGUGCAAAAGUGAAGACACGCUCAUCGCUUCGCCCCUUGCCAACAUGACGCUGUCGGACGUGCUCAUACAGGCCUUCAUCCUCAACGGCACCAAGAGCGAGAACCUAACGACCUGCUCUGCGGACAAACCCGUAACUCCAACUCCCACUCCCACUCACGUCACCAACGCCACCACCGUGGUGCCAGCCACCAACGCCACCACGGCAGUUCCUCCCACCACCCCCACUCCCACUCUGCCCACUCCCACAGUGGGGAAUUACUCCUUCAAGCACGACGUCAACAGCACGGCCUGCCUGCUGGCCAACUUCGGCCUGAGGAUCGGCUUCACUCAGAACAAGAAGUAUCAGGAGGUGAACUUUGACCCUCCAACUGAAGUUUCUGGAAGCUGUGGAGUCGACAGCAGCGAGCUCAUCCUGAUGUCCAACGGCAUCAACGUUUCUCUCUCAUUCUACAAUGACACAAAGAAAUUCCGCCUCCAUGCAGUGAACGUCACCCUCAACACCAGCUCCGGCAUUUUUGCUCAGAGUGGCGCCAACCUGAGUCUGUGGGAGGCGGCGGUGGGAAGCUCCUACAUGUGCAACAAGGAGCAGAACUUCACCAUCACCGACCUGCUCUCCAUCUACACCUUCAGCCUGCAUGUGCAGCCGUUCGGCGUGAAGAACGGCCUCUACAGCACAGCCCAUGAUUGUUCAUUGGAUGACCCCAGCAUCUUAAUCCCAAUCAUUGUUGGUGCUGCUCUGGCUGGCUUGAUUCUCAUUGUAGUGAUCGCUUACGUGAUUGGUCGAAGAAAGACCCAUGUUGGAUAUCAGACCCUUUAAAUCCAGCGUGCGUUCGCUCCUCACAUGUCACGGGAUUCUCAAGCCUGGUCCUUGGAAUUGAUUUGGCUAAAUCUACUUAAGAUUUAAAAAAUAAUCAUUUUAGUACCUACUGGUAAUAAAAUGAAGAAGAAGAAAAAAAAAACUUGAUUAAAUUGAAUCAGCCCAAAGAUAAAUUUGAUGUUUUCCUCAAGGACCAAACUUGUUUUUCCUCUGGUUCGGUUUGUUUUCAUCCUGUUUUUGUCCUUCCCGUUUUGCUUCAUGUUGAUGCUCGAGUUCAGGCGAACAGCAAAGCUCGUUUCCUUGUGCAGAAAUGCCUGAAGAUUUAUAACCUCUGGUCAGUUCGUCUAGUUUUUUGCACAAGAUCUUCAGCUUUCAUGAUCCUGCACUUUGCUCAGCACACAUUUCCUCCCUCCCUCGUUUUGUUUGUUUUGUUCUUGUUUAUCGUUUCACUUUUCACCCCAAUAAUUAUCAAAUCAAAAUAUUAGAGCUCCUUUCUGUGUUUAUUUCCAGAAUUUCACUAACACGGAUGAAUGAAGUGGGUUUUGGACCCGUCUUGUUCCCUGUAGAUCAGGAGAAGUCUUGGGAUUUAUUUCAGACUUUGAGGCUCUGUUCAUGUUUUGAAUGCAUAAGGAAAUAUCGGGGUCAUUAUAGAUUAAAAAGGAAGUGAUAAUUGACCACAGAGGAGUGAAUUGUUUGUCAGUUACAUUCAUGAGGAAUGUAUCUGAAUGUUGGAUCCAAACUGCAAAAACACAACAA